AUGUCUUCAACUAGUAGAACACCAGAUUCUACAGCUAUGGCUACUGCAGAAAAGGCUGAAAAGUUUACUGAGGAGGGAAAUCCUGAAAAUGAAAAGUUUAUUGUGACUGAGGCAUGGACACAUUCUGAUUUUCUUUGCAAGAACUACAUACUCAAUGGAUUGAAAGAUAACUUGUAUAACGUCUUUAGUAAAUACAAAACUGAAGAUGCAGGCUUAAAGAAGUUUGUGGAUGGAAAAUUUUUGGACUAUAAGAUAGAUGAUAGCAAGACUGUCAUGUCUCAAGUCCAAGAACUACAAGUCAUUAUUCACGAUCUCUUGGCAGAAGGUAUGAUCAUAAACGGAAUAUUUCAAGUAACGGCAUUAAUCGAGAAACUGUCUCCUUUAUGGAAAGACUUUAAAAAUUAUUUGAAGCACAAGCGAAAAGAGAUGACUCUUGAAGACUUGAUUGUUCGUCUCAGAAUCAAGGAAGACAACAAGGCUGCCGAGAAGAAGGCUAGAGGAAACUCAACAAUUAUGGGAGCAAAUAUUAUUGAGGAUGGUCCACAUAAAUCAAAAAAGAGGAAGAAACCUUUUGGACCGAAGAACUAUCCUAGUAAAAAGAAGUUCAAAAGAGACUGUCACAACUGUGGAAAAACUGAACAUAAGGCUGUGGAAUGUUGUGCUCCAAAGAAGGAAAAGAAGAAAGGUCAAGCCAAUAUGGUUGAUACAAAUGGAGAUGUGGAAAACUUGUGUGCCAUGCUGACUGAUGCAAACUGGUAG